UCCAGGCGAGGUAGCAGCAGCGUUGCUGGUUGGGCUGGAAGGGGCUUUAAAAAAGGAUUGGUGUGCGUGUCCGAUUGAGGUGUCUCGCUGUAGUGAAUGUUUUGCUCAUGUUUGGCAAGAAGUGAUGCUGCAGGGUUUUAAUUAAGGUUUUUAAGGACUCUAGUCAAGCUUGGUUUCUUUAUUCAUCUCUUACUAGCCUCUCAACAUCCCAUUAAAUUAGCGUGGUGAAAGGAGAGGGAGGAGGCUCGUUAGUUGGUGGUUCCCUAUUCAAAUAGGAAUGUGCUUUUGUGAGACGCUCUGAGAGCAGAGGUGGAUCCCGCCGUCGUCCUAGCAGAUACCGCAGUCGAGGGUGGCUGAAGGGGCCAGGCAGCUCGUGCCACCAAAGAACGGCGGCUGCAGUGGCAUGGCGGUGUGGUCAGCCUCGAACGCGUGGCGAAAGCUGCCAGCAGCUGGGAGCUGAAGCUGGAGGAAUUCCGGCCAGAAGGAAGGCAGGCUUCUGGGGAGAGUUCAGAGAGCUCCUGGGGCAGCUUCCCAGGCCAGAGCGAUCCCUGGGCUCUUGGAGGGCGACUUGCUUCAGCCAGAGGCACCAUACAGACUGCGUGAGGAUGCAGGGCCUGUAAGAAGGAGGGAGAGGAUAACUAAGGGGACGCUUGCUUCUAGCCUAGAAAUCCCUGUGAAUUUAGAGAGCGGAAAACAGCUGGAUUCAGGAAUGCAAACUUUUGCUAUCUGUUUUCAUGCAAGCUUGAUCGCUUCUCUUUUAAUGAAACAUUUGGUACUUUUAACGACUGUCUUGCAUGCUAACCUUCUGCGAUUUGGGUUUUUUCAGGCACAAUGACUGAGCAGCAAAGUCCCCCCGAGCAGAUGGCGACUGGGGAGGGCGCUGGCGAGCGAGGUGGCAAUUACAAGAUCACCCUCUACGAGAUGGAGAACUUCCAGGGCAGGAAGUGCGAGCUGACGGAGGAGCUCCCCAACGUGGCCGAGAAGGCGCUGGAGAAGGUCGGCUCCAUCCAGGUGGAGUCUGGCCCGUGGCUGGGCUUUGAGCGGCAGGCCUUCGCCGGGGAGCAGUUCGUGCUGGAGAAGGGGGACUACCCGCGCUGGGACUCCUGGUCCAGCAGCCGCAGCAGCGACAGCCUCAUGUCCAUCCGCCCCAUCCAGAUCGACAGCGCCGACCACAAGAUCCACCUCUUUGAGGGCGCGGGCUACACCGGGCGCAAGAUGGAGAUCGUGGACGACGACGUGCCCAGCCUCUGGGCCCACGGCUUCCAGGACCGCGUGGCCAGCGCCAAGGUCCUCAACGGAACGUGGGUGGGCUAUGAGUACCCCGGGUACCGGGGCCGCCAGUACGUCUUGGAGAAGGGCGAGUACCGGCACUGGAACGACUGGGACGCCAACCAACCGCUGAUCCAGUCGGUGCGUCGCAUCCGCGACCAGCAGUGGCACCAGCGCGGUGCCUUCGAGAACAGCUGAGGGGCCCCGGCCCCCCGCCGCCGAGCCCUCCGGCUCCAGGAGGAAGCUGAAGUGACCUCGCAGGCUGACGCCGUCACCUUGAAUUUUGUUUUUGUUGUUCUUUUUUUUUUUUUUUUCUUUUUCCUUUUUGC